GGCUCCCAGCAGGGCCCGCCCAGGAGCUGAGGGGCGGGCAGGUGGGGCCGCUGCUGCUGGGAUCCGGGCCGGGCUGGAGGACUGGCGUCUGGAUCGAACCGCGGGUCCCAGGCGGCCGAGGUCAGUCCCUGCAGGUGUCAGCCAGCUCCCAAGAGCAGAAUGGAUCUUGACGUGGUUAACAUGUUUGUGAUCGCGGGUGGGACGUUGGCCAUCCCGAUCCUGGCAUUUGUAGCCUCAUUUCUCCUGUGGCCUUCAGCGCUGAUAAGAAUCUAUUACUGGUACUGGCGGAGGGCGCUGGGCAUGCAGGUCCGCUAUGUUCACCAUGAGGACUAUCAGUUCUGCUACUCCUUCCGAGGCAGGCCUGGGCACAAGCCUUCCAUCCUCAUGCUCCACGGAUUCUCUGCGCACAAGGACAUGUGGCUCAGCGUGGUCAAGUUCCUUCCAAAGAACCUGCACUUGAUCUGCGUGGACAUGCCAGGACAUGAGGGCACCACCCGUUCCUCCCUGGAUGACCUGUCCAUAGAUGGGCAAGUCAAGAGGAUACACCAGUUUGUAGAAUGCCUCAAGCUGAACAGAAAACCCUUCCACCUGAUAGGCACUUCCAUGGGUGGCCACGUGGCUGGGGUGUAUGCCGCUUACUACCCAUCGGAUCUCUGCAGCCUGUCUCUUGUGUGCCCUGCUGGUCUGCAAUACUCAACUGAUAAUCACUUUGUAAAGCAGCUGAAAGAACUGCAGGAGUCCGCUGCCAUAGAAAAGAUUCCCUUGAUCCCGUCCACCCCCGAAGAGAUGAGUGAAAUGCUCCAGCUCUGCUCCUAUGCCCGUAUCAAGGUGCCCCAGCAGAUCCUGCAAGGCCUGGUCGAUGUCCGCAUCCCUCAUAACAACUUCUACCGAAAGCUGUUUUUGGAAAUGGUCAGUGAGAAGUCAAGAUACUGUCUCCAUCAGAAUAUGGACAAGAUCAAGGUCCCAACGCAGAUCAUCUGGGGGAAAGAAGAUCAGAUACUCGAUGUAUCUGGGGCAGACAUGUUGGCCAAGUCAAUCACCAACUGCCAUGUGGACCUCCUGGAAAACUGUGGGCACUCAGUGGUGAUGGAGAGACCCAGGAAGACAGCCAAGCUCGUGAUCGACUUCUUAACUUCCAUCAACAUAGACAAUAACAAGAAGCUGGACUGAGGCCUCAAUGGCAGCCUGCAUUCCACACCUGGCAUCCACUCCCAUCUCCAAAAUCUGACACGGCCACUAUGUCUCAGGGAUCCUGCCCCAAAUGUGGUGGGAGCGCCGGUGUCCCUGAGGAAGCCAGCCCCCCAGCCCCAGUCUCUACGGAUCCACAGAGCUUCAAGGGCCACCAGGAAACCGCCAAUAUGUUUUUUGCAAAAUGCAAAUUCAUGUGGAACAAAGUAAGAAAACCAUCCAUGAAAUCUCCCCAGAAGUUUUCAAGUUCAUGUCACAAAGCACUCACCUUGGACCAUGACCACCAAGGACAUUUUCUUUAAGAUGUUCUCACAAACUGAGGUAUUUCUUUUACUUUUAGACAUUCUCCCCUGCAUGGUCAGUGGCUGUUUUAGGAGCAUCAGUCCCCAUUCACCAAGCCCCUCUUUUUUAUGUCUAAUAUAAGUUUUAUGUAGAGUCUCAUAUUGUGAAUACAGCCCAUCAGCUGCAAGACCAGGGAGGAGUGUGGCAGGCUGUAGAAAAUGCAUACACGUGUCCCACCUCACCCAGCCCUUGGAGCAUCAAAGAGCACAGACGGGGAUUUGAUUGGCACCCUCGUGUCUGGCAUGUCAUGGGCAAACCUGAAACAGCUACAGUACAAAUUGCACCUGACAGGGUAGGUUUUCUGGGAAUAAUUUAUUAUUUUAAAAAAUAGGACUAAUAGAGCAACAAUGAUCUAGACAUCUAUCUAAAUAAUCAGAUUUGGGUUCUGCUCACAAGCACCUCUUUUCUAUUUUGCUAUGCUAGUUAAAACCCUUGGAUGUGAAGUACUAGCCGUUAAUGAAUUCCGUGAAUUCUGUGAACAAUAAUGUGAUUGAAAAUAAGUCUAAAUAGCUCUAAAAGUGACAACAAUGACAUGAAACAAAUUUAAUAAAUCUAGAUCAGCAACA